AAAACUUUUCUCCGUUCCCUUAACAGUAACACGUCUAUCUCUCUCUCCCUCUCCUGGUCUCCUUUUGUAUCUCCUCUUUCUUUCUCUCACAGCCACCCCCGCCGAUCUCAACAAGUUGUCUACCAACCCACGCCGCGCCGUCCACCAUGCCGCACCGCUGACGCGGAUGUGAACUCGCUCCUUUUGUUGCUGGGAUUGCUAUGCCACUGUUGUGGGCUGAUUUUGGUGGUGGUAGGAAAUUUAUUUUCAAACUUCCAUGGCCAACCAAGCUCCUCCUUGAACAAAUCUACAUCCUUCAGUUUGGGUUGAUUUUUGCAGUUCUCUCUCAUGCGAUGCUCUGUUCAUCGUGAUUUACUGACUUUGUUUGAAAAUUUGUUGAUUUUGUUUUUUUUUGGUUUAGUUUAGCCAAAAAUUGUGCAGAGGCUCUUACUCCGCAACUGUUGUUUUGCCCAAACGGCACCAGGUUCGGAUUCGGAUUCAGCAGAACAACUCAAGUAUCAAGAAGCCUCGCUCGCAUCUUCAUUUCAAUACAAAAACAGGUUCUCUCUCUGAAUCAAAUAUCAUGAGGGCAUUAUAUAGAGUCAGACCCAUUAUCAUUCGCUCUACGCCUUCUUCUUUCCCUUUCACAGACCCACAAAAAUGCCCAUUUGGCCCUUUCAACUCCUUCACUCAAAAGAGGUUCAAAAAGCCAGUAAUCUCAGCUCGAACUCGCUUAGAGGACAGAGUCAGAGACCCAAAGCUAGACAAACUAAUAACCCACCUCAAAAAACUCAAAACCAUCCUCAAUCUCCACCAACUUAUGUCAAACAAAAAACGUGGUCCCUUCGUUUCAUUACAACUCAUGUCCAGGUGGAAAAACAUCGUUGGACUAAAUGUCAACAUAGGCACAUUUAUCAACAAAUACCCACAUGUUUUUGAGGUUUUUAAACACCCAAUUAGGAGGAAUCUUUGUUGUAGAGUUAGGCAAAAGAUGAAGGCUUUGAUAGAAGAGGAAGAGAGAGUUGUGAAAGAAUGUGAAUUAGAAGCUGUACAGCGUGUAAAGAAGUUGUUAAUGAUGUCUGUAAAUGGGACUCUUGGUGUUCAUGCUUUGAGAUUGAUUAGAAGGGAAUUGGGUUUGCCUGAGGAUUUUCGUGACUCAGUUCUGGCUAAUUAUAAUGCUGAUUUUAGGUUGGUUGGGUUGGAGAUAGUUGAAUUGGUUGAUAAAGAUGAGAGUGUGGGGGUUGCAAAGGUUGAAUUAUGGAGGGAAAAAGAGUAUAGAGAGAAGUGGUUGAGUGAGUUCGAGACCAAAUAUGCAUUUCCUAUCAAUUUCCCUACAGGGUUUAAGAAAGAAGCAGGGUUUAGAGAUAAGUUGAAGAAUUGGCAAAGGCUGCCUUAUUUGAAGCCUUAUGAGAGGAAAGAGGUUGUAAAGGUUCGAACUUGUGGUGGGAUUGAGCAGUUUGAGAAGCGGGCGGUUGGGAUUCUUCAUGAGUUCUUGAGCUUGAUGGUGGAGAACAAGGUUGAGGUUGAACGGUUAGCUCAUUUCAAGAGGGAUUUUGCUAUUGAAGUUAAUGUGCGUGAACUACUUUUGGAGAACCCUGGAAUUUUUUACAUUUCUACUAAAGGGAAUGCACAAACGGUUUUUCUUAGAGAGGCGUAUAGUAAAGGGCAUUUGAUCGAGCCAAAUCCAAUAUAUGUUGUUAGAAGGAAAUUGUUGGACCUUGUCUUGCAAGGCUGUCAAAGUACUCGAGAACUGGCAGCUGAAAAGGAAAUCAAGGAGCUGAGUUCUGCAGGGUGUACAGCAGAUGGAGGUAGGAGAGAUGGUGACUGGGUUAUCCCAAUUUUGGAGAAUUUUGACAAUGAAAAUCCCGAUAACAGUGUGAGUGAAAUCAGUGAGUAAUCAGAGUUUACUGAAUUCAAUGAGAAAGGAAGUGGUGAAAGUGAAAAUUGCAUUGAGGGUUGAAUCAAAUAAGCCAUAUGAUGGUCAACAUUUAUUCUCCAGCAAGUGUGUAUAUGUGAAUAGGUCCAACAAUGACCCAUAAUCUUGAAUAGGUCAGAUUGUGGCCAUGGACCUCAAGACUGUUCCAUCAGACAAUGAUCCACUCAAGAGUCAAGUAACUCACCUUGGACAUUGAGUAUGAAUUAUGAUAGGACGAAGAUAUAAGACAAGAAACAAUUUUUACCUCCUCAGUCUGAGGCCCAGAGAAUGGGGAAGAUAUAAAGAAGAAAGACCAAAAUUGAGGAAACUAGGGCAGCCAAGGAAUAUAUUGAAUCAUUGAUUUAGUGCCAGUAUGUGCGGAAUGAUCAUUCUAAAUAAGUUAGCAAAAAUUAGGUCAUAAAAAAUUUGAUUUUGAUUGUCAAAUUGUGUAUAACUAUUUGACCACCAAAAAACCAUGUGUUAUUGGAGAAGUUAAAA